AUUUUAAAAACUGAUACAUAUAGUAGUAUUUUUGUAGGUUUAUUUGCAGGAUAAUGUUAAGAUUAGAAAUUCAUAGAGAUUAUUUAUUUAUUAUUGAGUGCCUUGCAUAAUUCUCACUUAGAAUUUUGGAAUAGCUUAUACUUUCCUGUUAUAGAACUAAAGGGAAUUAAAUGCAGUAAGAGUAAAUGUUUUAAGUUUCUCAUGAAGCAGAACAGCUUUAAGUUAAUGAAGGGUUUUCAUAUUUCUUUGAUAAACUAAACUGCAGAUAGUUUAAGGAACUGUUCACCAUGUAGCAUUUGACAAGCUAGUCUCUUGGGCCUGUCCUCCAAAUCACAUAAUUCAGUUAAAGAAUGUUUAUUGGGUAUCUCCCUAGUGCCAGAUGUAUUCUCCUGAGCGAGUGGUAAUGAGCAAAAUGCAGGAAGUCCUUACUGUCACUGCAGAUGCACCCGUGGUGCACCCCGGGCACGCAGUUGGUAUAGUUAAAAUGACUGGGGGGUUUGUGAUAGGUAGAAAAAUAAAGCUGGGUGAGGGAGGUGCAGAGGAUGGGAGGAUGUGAGUGGAGGGAAGUCCUUUUCUGUAGGCAGGGCAGGAAUGCCUGUCCAUUUUCAUUUGAGCAGAAACCAAAAAGUGAGUGAGUUGUUUGGAUAUAUGCAGGAUAUUUUGGAGAAGAGCUCUCUAGUCAGGGCAGCAGGUAAGAGUGAGUCAGGGUGAGAGCAGUAGCAGAUCCUGAUGAAGUUUCUGGUUCUUAUUCUGUGAGCUGGGACACCAUUGGAAGCAGAGGCAGAUCCUGAGGAGAUCUAUGGCUCUUACUCUGUGAGCUGGGACACCAUUGGAAUGAUCACGUGUCCGCUUUUCUUGCAUAUGUGAAGGUUCCUGAGGUUACGUGAUGUGGAGUAAAUUCUCCAGGUGCCGGGCAUCCUGGUGCAUGUGUGCACAUUUGGUGUGAGGAUCUUCAUUAAAUGCUGUUAAUUUUUCAGGUGGUCACUAACUGCCAGGAGAAAAUCCAGCACUGGAAGAAGGUAGAUAAUGACUACACUGCCCUUCAGGAAAAACUGAGCACCUUGCCGGAUAAGCUGUCCUACAAUGUCAUGGUACCAUUUGGCCCCUUUGCCUUCAUGCCAGGAAAACUCGUCCACACUAAUGAAGUCACCGUUUUACUUGGGGACAACUGGUUUGCCAAGUGCUCAGCAAAGCAAGCUGCAGGUUUAGUCGAGCACCGGAAAGAACAUGUAAGAAAAACAAUAGAUGAUUUAAAAAAAGUGAUGAAAAAUUUUGAAUCCAGAGUUGAAUUCACAGAAGAUUUGCAGAAAAUGAGUGAUGCAGCAGGUGAUAUUGUUGACAUAAGAGAAGAAAUUAAAAAUGACUUUGAAUUCAAAGCAAAACACCGAAUUGCUCAUAAACCUCAUUCCAAACCAAAAACUUCAGAUAUUUUUGAAGCAGAUUUUGCAAAUGAUGGAAAACCCAAAGACUGGCUUGCUGAUAAGGAGCUCUGGGCUCGACUGGAAGAACUAGAGAGACAGGAGGAGUUGCUGGGUGAGCUCGAGAGUAAACCUGAUACUGUGAUUGUGAAUGGAGAAGAUACCGCAUCUUCUGAAGAGGAAAAGGAGGGUCAAAACACAAAUGUGGAUGUGAUGCCCCAAGUGACAGACUCCAUUGCUCCCAGCAGUUGUCUUAAUGGUGGUGCAAGUUCAGAACUGUUCAAUGGGCAAGUGAAUACUCAGUUGAACUGUUCAGUGAAUGGUUCAGAUUCUUAUCCCAGUGAUGAAGAUGAUGACCACGAUGAGGAUGAUGAUGAUGGUGAUAAUGACCAUGAUGCUUCAGGGGUUGGAGAGAAUUCUAUACCAACAAUAUAUUUUUCUCAUACUGUUGAGCCUAAGAGGGUCCGAAUAAAUACCGGAAAGAAUACCACUUUAAAAUUCAGCGAAAAGAAAGAAGAGGCCAAACGCAAACGCAAGAGCAGCACCAGCGGCGGCCACUCUGCCCAGGAGCUGCCCCUGAUCAGGACGCCUGCGGACGUCUACAGAGUCUUUGUGGACGUUGUGAAUGGAGAAUAUGUCCCCCGCAAAUCCAUCCUGAAGUCCAGGAGCAGAGAGAACAGUGUGUGCAGUGACACCAGUGAGAGCAGUGAGUUUGAUGACAGGCGGGGAAUUCUGAGGAGCAUCAGCUGUGAAGAAGCCACUUGCAGUGACACCAGUGAGAGCAUCGUGGAGGAGGAGCCGCAGCAGGACCAGGAGCAGAGGAGGCCGGGCCCCUCGUCGGGGGCGUCUGGGGCGUCUGAGGCUUUUUCUGGAACUGUAAUAGAAAAAGAGUUUUUAUCGCCCUCCCUCACAUCGCACCCGGCCCUGGCCCAUCCUGUGCUGCCUACCAUCCCAGAACGAAAGGAAGUUCUGUCAGAGGCAUCGGAGGAAACUGGGAAGAGGGUUUCCAAGUUCAAAGCUGCCAGACUGCAACAGAGAAACUAG